AUGGUCAAUCCAAAAGAGCAAGUGCAAGCUAUAACUACCAGGAGUGGGGUGCAACUUCCAGAAAUUCAUGUGAAGAGACCUGAGCGAAAAGAAAAGGAAAAAAUGGGUGAAGAGGCUGGGAAAGAAAUAGAGUUUGAACAACCAACUGACAAGGAAAAUGAAAGGAAGGAAACACCUGCAGUGAGAGCACCCAGCCCUGUGAAGGCUUAUGUGCCACCAAUUCCAUUCCCUCAAAGGUUACAAAGAAAGAAGUUGGAUAAUCAGUUUGCCAAGUUUGUGGAGAUUUUCAAGAAACUGCACAUCAAUAUUCCUUUUGCAGACGCAAUUGCCCAAAUGCCCAGCUAUGCAAAAUUCUUGAAAGAGAUCCUAUCUAACAAAAGGAAGCUGGAAGAACAUGAGACAGUAUGUUUGAACGAGGAGUGCAGUGCAAUACUAUUGAGAAAGCUACCUCCUAAGCUAAAAGACCCAGGGAGUGCCAGUGUUAAUUUGAUGCCUCUCUCUGUCUACAAGUCUCUUGGAUUAGGAGAAGCAAAACCUACAACAAUCUCUUUGCAACUGGCAGACAGAUCGAUCAAACGACCAAAGGGAAUUAUUGAAGAUGUGCUGGAUUGGUCAAAAAAAUUGGACGAUGCUUUAUGGGCAUAUCGCACAGCGUACAAGACGCCUAUAGGAAUGUCCCCAUACCGACUAGUCUUUGGGAAAGCAUGCCACCUACCAGUGGAAUUUGAGCACAGAGCGUAUUGGGCAUUGAAGCAGUUAAACAUGAACCUCGAUAAGGCUGGAGAAACAAGAAUACUACAGCUAAAUGAGUUGGAGGAAUUCAGAAGAGAGGCAUAUGAGAAUGCAUCCAUCUACAAGGAAAGGACAAAGCAGUGGCACGACAAGAACAUCAGGAGAAUCCAUGAAGGUUACACAUCGCGAAAUUUGAGCUCUACAAUGAAACUGAAUGAGUGUGAAAAAGGGUGA